AUGGGUGGCUCUUCAGUCUUGAAUGAAGGAGCUUCUAGCAGCAUAUUUCGCCCUUCUGAGGACCCCCCUCCCUAUUAUGGAUCUCGUAGUGCCCAAAAAUUCCGAAAUCUUCUACUCUCAAUGUCUUUAACGCCAACUUAUUACGAAAACCCGGGUCUGUUGGACGAAGCUCUCAGACUUAUUCCGCUCGAUCGUAUCUAUAGCGAAGCCGAGGAGCACUUCCAGCUCUUUCAGGCUCAGGCCGAGGAUAUUGGUAACGACAGACCAGAGUGGGGCUACGAAGAUUGUGUUAUUAAAGCACUACUAAGGUGGUUUAGGAGACACUUCUUUACUUGGGUAAACAACCCGCCCUGCGACAUCUGCCUGUCUCCUACAGUUGCCCAAGGUAUGGGGUCACCAACUCCAGAGGAGUCAGCCUCUCGUGCACUUCGCGUUGAACUUUACCGGUGCUCAUCCCCACGCUGUGGUGCAUAUGUCCGAUUCCCUAGAUAUGGUGAUGCUUGGAAGUUACUCCAAACUCGACGGGGGAGAGUUGGCGAAUGGACGAACUGCUUCGCCUUGCUCUGCCGAGCCGUUGGCGCACGCGUCAGGUGGGUUUGGAAUGCCGAGGACCAUGUAUGGACCGAAGUCUUCUCGAACCACCAAAAGCGAUGGGUCCAUGUGGAUGCAUGUGAAGAAGCCUGGGACUCGCCAUUGCUUUAUGUAAAUGGCUGGGGAAAGAAAAUGUCUUACUGUAUUGGGUUUUCCUACGAUGGGGCUGCAGAUGUGACACGACGAUAUGUGCGACAAGACAAAACUGCUUUAGAGCGGAAUCGAUGUUCCGAGGAGGAUCUUGAGAGGAUUAUACGGGAGAUCAAAGAUAUCCGCAGAGCUAAGAUGACCAAAGAUGAGCGUUUUCGCCUAGAGAAAGAAGAUAGCGAUGAGGUCCGAGAGUUGCGAGGAUACAUUUUGGUAACAUCCAUUGUCAAAGCGACCAACGACCCGCCCGCUGGCUCCUCAGAGGAGCUAUCAGAGAACACGGACGGCGGCCAAGCGCCCAUGAAAGCGAGUGAGGAUGCCAAAUCGCUUCUAAGGCAACUCGAAAGAAGUAGCCAACUAAGGCUACAGGACAACUGA